AUGAGUGUAUUUGAGAAGAAGGUUGAGUGGGUAUUACAAGCUAGAAGAGCACUUGGGCAGAGGCCACUUCCAGCUUUCGUAGCAGGCAGCAAAGUGAACCUUGCACUCUUGCUAGACAAAGUGAAAGAAUCAGGUGGGUACUCUAAAACUAGUGGGUCUAGAAAGUGGGGGGAUGUAGCAUCCUCUAUAGGGUUGCCACCACAUUGUGGGCCUAGUGUCAAAUUAGUGUAUCUCAAGUACCUUAAAGCUUUUGAGAGUGGCCAAGUCUUUGGUGCUGGUGUUGCACCUGCAAAUGCCACCAAAGGGAAUGUUGACUCAAAUGUAAAGCGACCAAUCCACUCUCAUGUCAAAGAGGCCCUAGCCCAUGUGAGGAAGUUGGCUCUAGAUCCAGGAAUUGUAGCCCACAGUGAAGGGGAGAACGAGAAAUUUCAAGCAACAAUAAGGGGGUUUUUGGGUCGCCUCCAUAGGCAAGAUAACCAACAAUACAGACACCAGAAGAGAUACGAGAACAAUAGACCACGACGACCUUCCAAGUAUAGCCUUCGCUCUUUGACACCUCGACCCAGACUUCAGCCUCCAACAUCAGAGCCUGAGAGCGUUCCAAUCGGACCAAGCUUUCAAGCCGAAGUUCCCUCUUCCGUGCCUCUCAAUGCCGACAACGACGACUCGAAGCUCUUUCUAGGAAGAGUGGUCUGGUCCAAAAGAGCGAUGAGAAGCCAUACCACUAGUAUGUGCUUCUGCACGGACGAUCGUUCGGAAGACUGUGUGAAGCAACACGUUGACGAGCAACGCAGGAAGCUCAAGCUGGAGCUGGGAGAGGACGUCUUCCAGGAGUGGGGAUUCCACACAAUGGGGGAGAGCUUGAUCAAGUCGGGCAAGUGGAGCAGGCAAGAGCAAGCUGAGUUUGCGGAGAUCGUGAGAAGCUGCCGCGGGGACAAGGAGGAGAAGUUUUGGCCGGACCUCCAAGCUUCCUUCGCGGGAAGGAGGAGCCGGGAGGACCUGGUAAGCUACUACUUCAACGUCUACAUGCUGAGGAAGAGAGCUCUCCAAAACAGAACCUACGCAGCCGACAGUGAGAAGUUUGAUAGUGAUAAGGAGGACGACGACUUACCAGGCUUGGUGGUCUGAGACUCUUGUUUGUCAAGGAUGAGAGCUUACUUGAGACCCGCGCUCCUUGAACGAUUCUCAGACUUAUGUAAAAGGUGAAGCCUGGCAAUAAAAAAGAGCUGGAGGAUUGCUGUACAACCUGCUCUUCGGCCCAUUUCACGAGUAUCUUUGCAGCAGACACGAUGUACUUCAGAGCAGGACGAAGCUAGGGUGGAUUUGAAACGAGUCCUUGAUUAGCUGUAGGAAUCGAAGAUGUAAAAUCUUUCCCAGUAAUAAAAAUGAAAUUCGCCUUAGAAGCUGCCUGUUGACAAACAACCUCACGAAGAUCUCGACCCGUCAUGAUGGACAAAGAAAAGAAACAAUACUCAUUGUACCGUUCGCUUGUGGCUGCAACAGAGGACCUCGCAUACUGUGCUACAAUUUCCUCUCUUUCUACAAAAGAGAGAAUGUCGCCACACCCAGAUUGGAUCGUGAGUUAUAAGCUCGGAUAAAUUUCUUUCACCUUCUUUUGGAGGACUGGAACAACGUGUGACACAAGCACGAACUCGGCAGCUGUGCCACCGAGAACGAUUCACUCAUCAUCUGUUCUUCACGGCAGGAGAUCGAUUCCCUCACAGCUCGCCUGUGGUACUGGCCAAAACCAAACGGCGCGUUGAUCUCGUGUCCUUCCCCUUGACAGCCCAACCCUGAUGUCUGC